CGGACCAAUUUGUUCAAAACAAGCUGCAGCGAACACAAACUGCACCAUUUCAUCGGCGACUCUUGCUCCCGUCGUAAAGAAUAUAAAUACAGGAGAAAUUCCAGUGUCCAGUAAGUUGAGGUCCAGCACCACGCCACCAAAAUGACGAUUCCGACGGUUUCGUACAAAAAGGUCAUUGAACCUGAGACGAGGCCACCAGUUGCUGAUAGCUCAAGACGAUGGGUUGUAAUUUACAUUCUACUCGCUCUAUCGUUGCUGACCACGUACGCAUGCUGGAACAAUAUACGGUCCUGGGGAUUGAUGGAAACCUUCGAAACGACUAACGAUACACCACCAAAUUACAAGGAGUACGCCAAGAUGGCUCGUUACCUCGUACAUAAGGCCGAAUGGGUUUCUAUGGGCUCGUUAUCUACGGUGGCCGCUGUUAAGGGCUUCCCCAUGGUCAACAUCAUCUCGGUGGCGGAUAGUGCCCGUGGAGAAAAAUCCACCGGUGUGUUGUACUUCUAUUUGACCAUGCUCGACUACACGGCUCAAGAUCUGGCCAAGGAUAACCGCCUGACUGUGUUGCUCUCGAUGGACCAAGAUUUGUACUGCACAAAGAAUGGCAUCGACCCCAUGGAACCAACGUGUGCACGCAUAAUGAUCUCAGGCACUGUGGUGAAAAUCAACGAAACAUCGCCCGAGUAUCAAUUUGGCUCGUCCGCUAUGUUCAGUCGUCAUCCGGCUGCGAAAAAGUGGAUCGAAACCGAUGGGCACAACUUUUUCCUGUGCAAGCUUGACAUUGUGCAAAUUGCCGUACUUGACUUUUACGGAGGGCCCCACUACGUUACCGUGGAAGAUUACAUGGCUGCAGAUCCCGAUAAGAAGGCAGUCGCUAGUAACACCAACGGUCGUCGGGUGCCGCCUCGCUUUGCUGAAGUGGCUGGUGAUGCACACUAAGCUACGAUGCAGCAUGCGAAUCGGCAUCAUUGGGCAAGAGGGACAAAUAUUCAAAACAUCAAUCGAACGAAAGUGAAAAUGAAGAAGAUCGAGAGAGAUUGGCAGACUGUUGCAGACCGUCGUGAGAGAUAGAUGAAAAAUAUGUGUUGCAAUGUUUCUUGCGAUAAACAUACACGUUGUACGAAAGUUUAGCAAUAGCUAGUAACGGGAGCAGAACGCAAAACAAGCGUUUGUGAUAAUGCUAGUACAGGCAAAUGGCAACGCGUGUAACUGAUAAAGAUUUUGAAUCAUUUUAUUUACAUUAAUAUAAAGAAAAUCAAUAAACAAAUACAG